CGGUAAAUAGUUUGAGAGGCGGAGCAAUCAAAGGGGAGACGACAUUCACCAAGUGCAGAUUCUGAAAAAUCACAACCACAGCCUUACAUUUCAAAUGCUAACUCCACCAUUGGAUCUAGAUCCAACGGUGCAAAUCCCGUAACUUACUUCUUCUCUAUAAACAGAGCUUGGUUUCGUCUCUCACGCUCACUGUGAACGCCGCACCAAACAACAAUGGCUGUGUCACUUGCACUCUCCUCCUCACUCCCUCUCCGCCUCCACUCUCGUCCUUCGCUCAAACCACGCCCAGCCUCUCGCCUCAGAUCCGCACCAGUUCGGUGCUGUGAUUCACGCCCUAAUGUGCCUAGAAUCGUCACCGGUAAUGCCCGUCCCUUUAAUUAUACUCCGAAAGGCAUAAAUUCGUCACAAUUUUUGGCAGAAACAGAGCUAAAGGGCCUCAAUAGCAGUAGCUUAGUAGUGAAGGCAGCGACUUCGUCAUCCGUAGCUCCGGCGAAGGAGCCGUGGCAGGGCGCCGCUAUUAAGCCGCUUAUUGCAUCGAUUGCGACGGGAAUUAUACUCUGGUUCGUUCCUGUGCCUUCCGGGGUUUCGAGGAACGCUUGGCAGCUAUUGGCGAUUUUCCUUGCCACGAUUGUUGGGAUAAUCACUCAGCCACUGCCGCUCGGUGCCGUCGCGCUCAUGGGCCUCGGCGCCUCCGUUCUCACAAAGACACUCACCUUCUCUGCCGCAUUCUCCGCCUUCGGCGAUCCAAUUCCGUGGCUGAUCGCGCUCGCUUUCUUCUUCGCACGCGGGUUUAUUAAGACUGGACUUGGGAAUAGAAUCGCUUACCAGUUUGUGUCUCUGUUCGGGAGCUCAUCUUUGGGGCUCGGUUACAGCUUGGUGUUCAGUGAGGCGUUGUUGGCUCCUGCGAUUCCCUCAGUCUCAGCUCGUGCUGGAGGGAUCUUCCUGCCGCUUGUUAAGUCUCUGUGCGUGGCUUGCGGUAGCAAUGCUGGAGAUGGGACUGAGAAGAAGUUGGGGUCUUGGCUGAUGCUGACGUGCUUCCAGACGUCUGUGAUCUCGUCCUCAAUGUUCUUGACAGCCAUGGCGGCAAACCCAUUGAGCGCCAAUUUGACAUUCAAUACAAUCAAGCAGACAAUUGGGUGGACUGAUUGGGCCAGAGCAGCAAUUGUGCCUGGAUUGGUUUCGUUGAUUGUGGUUCCAUUUCUUUUGUACUUGAUUUAUCCACCCACUGUGAAGAGUAGCCCUAACGCGCCAAAGUUGGCGAGGGAGAAGUUGGAGAAGAUGGGACCAAUGUCCAAGAACGAGAUAAUAAUGGCAGGUACUCUGGUGCUCACGGUGGGGCUCUGGGUUUUCGGUGGGCUGCUGAAUGUGGAUGCUGUUACCGCUGCAAUUCUUGGAUUAUCUAUUCUCCUCAUUACUGGAGUGGUCACAUGGAAGGAGUGCUUAGCUGAAUCCGUUGCAUGGGAUACUCUCACGUGGUUUGCUGCACUUAUUGCUAUGGCUGGCUAUCUCAACAAAUAUGGUCUCAUCUCCUGGUUCAGCCAAACUGUAGUGAAGUUUGUUGGUGGUUUGGGUCUGUCAUGGCAGCUAUCUUUCGGCAUUUUGGUUCUUCUGUACUUCUACUCCCACUAUUUCUUCGCUAGUGGCGCUGCCCAUAUUGGUGCCAUGUUUACAGCCUUCUUGUCUGUUGCCAGUGCUUUGGGAACUCCGCCAUACCUUGGGGCCAUGGUCCUCUCAUUCCUUUCUAAUCUCAUGGGUGGCCUUACUCACUAUGGCAUAGGAUCCGCCCCCGUCUUCUAUGGUGCUGGCUAUGUACCCCUCGGAACGUGGUGGGGUUUUGGGUUUCUCAUAUCUGUCGUCAAUAUCAUCAUCUGGCUUGGAGUUGGAGGGCUUUGGUGGAAGGCUAUCGGUUUGUGGUGAAUGGGUGGUCAUAAAAAUUUGCCAACACAAAAUUCAGUUUCGUUCCCUGAUCGUUUCAGUAGAUGGUUGCAAUUUUCUUGCUCUUGUUCUCCAUUAAGUUGCAAUUAGUUAAUUUUGGCUGUUAAUUCUUUACAUUAGAAAUGGCCGUUAGGCGGCUUUACCGAGAACUUUGGGUAGGAAUGAUACAGGGAUGAAGUCUAUUCAGAUAACAGAUUAGAGCUUGUACCUACAAUUUUGACUGGGCAUGCCAGUUGCCUCUAAUUUAUGGCAUGGUUACUGCUUACUAGUUGGAUGCGGAUGCCCAAAUGUUCCACUUGUUGCCAUAUUCAUUUUC